UGGCGUAACCUUGAGUUGAUCAUGUUCUCUUCUUCUUCUAGUAGCUUUCUCGUACGAUUAAUUUCAGCCUUACGGCGCUCAAGGACAGACAGAUCGAAUGCGUCAUCAUUCGAUUUUUCACUUUUUUCUUUGUAAACGGGCCCAACUGGUUGCGAAAGAUUCGGACGCGAAGUGAGUUGAUUCUCAUUAAGGAUUUCCUCGAGCUCCUUACUCCAAAUUGAUUCUUGGUUUACAGAAACAUUCUCAUUUUCACAUCCAAGGUCUAUCAACGGAUACGACUGGUUCAUCCCGCCGACGUAUAACUCACGGAGCCAAUAACUGUUUUUUAAUAAUGUAGGAGCUAGGGUUUAGCUCGAACGCGGCUGCAGUUUUAGCCGUAUAAGGAAUAAGCGACUGAUGUCUAUAACUUAAUUAAUGCUCUCCACUUGAUGAAUAUAUACAGAUGUAUUGACGAUAACGCAAAUCAUAAACGAUAGCCAGAUUCCAACAACAACCAAAAUAACAGCCACAGCAACCAGAUAGAGCCAAAAAGAUCCACAGAGACAGAGAGCCAGAGAGAGAGAGAGAGAGAGAGAGAUUAAAAAACAGUUAUGUUCAGUCGCUAACAAAUAAAACAUUGUUAAUAGCUGAACACAUAAUAACUAAAUCUUAAACAGUUACGCUAAAUUGCGAUGCUAACAGAACCAUGCAAGAACCUAUACUGAAACGCAGACUAGAGAGACGGCGUUCGCAUAACGAAGACAGGAGAAAGGCAAUAAAUAAGCCAGUCAGACGGUGGCGCUAGACAGUCAGUAACAUAGUAAUUGUUGGAGUUAACAGAUGGUGUUGGUAAGACUUUUAUAAGAUAAACAAAUCCAGAAGGCCAUUCCUUUUAUACCCAUACGUACAGGUGCUGCUGCAUCAACCGCUUCAUAUAUCACUUCUGCCGUAAGUGUACUUACAUUUGCACCAGCGAUUGUGAGGAAAUUCGAGGAAAAGUACAUUCUACAAGCCGCCGCUUGUGCUUAUUUGAUCUUUACUCUCGCAAACUAUUAUCCAGGUUUUAGACUUAUAACAUAUUUGGCCAGCAACCCGAAGCAUUAAUGUCUGGUUGUUAUCCUGUUUCUUUUUCAGAACCUUACAUUCUUAUACCAGCUGGAGUUAUAGUUGGAAUGGGAGAGUCCGUGAUGUGGCCAGUCAUGAUGGUUUAUGUAGUACAUUUCGCUAGACGAUUUGCCAAGUUUGGUUCUAAAGACACCACCGUCGUAAUAACUGAAUUUACGGGAUAUUUCUUCUGUAUCUUUCAAAUCAGUCAAACCUUGGGCAAUCUUUUGAGCUACGCGAUUCUUUACGCCGGUAAGACAGUCGCCGAAGGAGAAGGUUCCAACAGUAGUGCACUGGCUGACUUGUCCAUUUGCGGUGUCAACGACUGCCAGCUUCCUAAUACUACCAACUUAAACUUAAAUCAGUACGUUCCUCAAUCAGGUACAGUACUUUAUGUGAUGAUCGGAGUCAUGGCAUUUCUCGUGUUAUCGUCUAUUGGAAUCAUGGGGGUUUUGGUCAAAAAAAUAGACCCGUCGCUGGAAAUUCAGGACAAGAAAGGACAUAUUACGAGCUUUUGCAAAACAGUAUCUCGAACUUACGAAGUGCUCGAGAUUGAACAGGGAAACUUAAAUACUGAGACCACUUUCCAGUAUAUACGAAAAUCAGUGACAGCAACUUUCAAGCAUCUUAUACACCCAAAGCAACUUUUGAUAACGCCUUUUGCGUUAUACAGCGGCUUGUUCAUGUCGUUUAUAUUUGCCGAAAUGCCCAGAGCAUACGCAUCGUGCAUGCUCGGAGUGGCGCAGGUCGGAUUAUGUUUGGCACUUUGUUACACAUGCGACGCUAUUGUUUCUUACUUCUGUUGCAAAGUGACUAGCAAAAUCGGUCGUGUAAUUCCUAUAACCGUGGUCGCUUUGAUUGACAUUGGAAACUACAUAUUCCUCCUAUUUUGGAUACCUACGUCAUCAACCACGUGGUUGGUAUACGUAAUAUUUGCUGUGUUCGGUUGCCUUGACGGUGUUUGGAAUCCCCAGGUUAACGAUAUACAUGGUUCACACUUUCCCGAAAACCAAGACAUGGCUUUCGUCGUCUGGAAUCUCUGGACGUUGGUCGGUAUAGCAAUACAGUACGGUUGGAGCACAAGCCUUUGCGUAAACGUGAAAAUCUACAUCCAGCUUGGUCUUUUAUGUUUCUCAUUGUUUUGUUACAGUAUUGCAGAGUAUCGUAUAACACAAGAAAAGAAUCGAGCAAACAAGGAGAAGGGUACUUAUUAUGUGUCUUUCUAAAUAAAGUCGUUGUGGAAUAUAUAAAAUAAUGAACAAAUAUAGUAUUUCAAACUUAACGUUGUGAAGCACCUUGUAACUGGUUUUGAAUUUUUUAAUAUAUGUUACUGGAUUGUUUUGUAUUGAUAAAUAAAUCAAAUGUAAAGUG